CAGAGAAAUCCAGCUAUUAGAAUUUCAAGGAUCUUUUUCGCUUGUGAGGAUGAUCAAGGGUUUGAAGUUUUCCCGCAAUAAUGGGUCCGCAAUCCCUUGCGUGUUUGUGUGCGUGUUGGUGGAUGGAAACCGGAGCAUCUCCAAGUGGGUCUGCCGGACCGUGGAUAGUGGGUAGUGGCCGCUUCAUAUACAUGUUGAUCACGAAUCUGAUAACAAGCAAUUGCAGGAUAUCAACCCCGCUAUCUUGUUCUAACCUUCUCUUCUCUUACACUCUCUAUCUUGUCGCUGUAGAGCUAGACCUUGAAACGAGUAUCGUCCCCAACACUCUCUUCUUGAGAACUCAGGCCCUAAUUCUAAAACGCGCUAAGCCACGAUAGACCGUUCUAGGAAUGGCCCGCCAUUUAAAUGCUCUCCUUUACUGGGGUUGUCACCAAGCUAGUGAUGCGUGUGCUAGCGUG